AUGGGUAACGGAGCUAAAGCCUCGAUGAAGCGCGAGCGCAACCAAAAGGAUGCGAAAGCUGCCAAGUCACAGACCAAAUCACGCGCCCAAUUUACUCACACAUCUCCGCGCAACCAUUGUAGUCUCCUCGAGCAUGCCUCCAACAAGCACAAAAAGGGCCUUGCCGAUUGUUUCCCCGGUGUCAGCGUCUGA